AUGGACGGUUUCGAUGAGGAAGCAUUCAAGCAGUUCUUCCCUUCUAGCUUUGGCAAGCAGGAGAAAUCAGUCGACGUUGAUACCCAGAUCAAUCGCUCCAAGCGUGCAGAGGUUUCGGCCAAACCACCCGCCAACGAUGAGGGGAGCGAACUAACUGCAACCUCCGCAGCUACUGCGGCUGGCACAUCGACCCAAAAAGACAUUCCCAAGCGUGCAGAUGAAUCGGAUGAGGACGAUGAUGACUCUGAUGACUCGGACGAUUCCGACGACGAAGAUGAAUUCCCCGUGUCGCAUGAGAUGGUCCUCAAGACGCAUGAACGCGCCGUGACGACCAUGACCGUGGAUCCUUCGGGGGCGCGACUAAUUACAGGUUCUACCGAUUGCACACUGAAACUCCAUGAUUUCGCCUCCAUGACACCUUCCACCAUUCGCGCCUUCAAAUCCGUUGAUCCCUCGUUGAAGAAACAGUCUGCGGCACAAGACACCCAUGCCGUCCACUACGUCGCAUUCAAUCCUAUCACCCCGGGUUACGUCCUCGCUGUACCGGCAUCAUCUCAAUCAAGAAUUCUCGAUCGUGAUGGUGAAACUCUACUUGAAUUUGCCAAGGGUGAUAUGUACUUGCGGGAUCUUCACAAUACCAAAGGGCAUGUCUCAGAAGUGACUAGUGGAGUUUGGUGCCCGUCGGAUGAAAACCUCUGUGCUACUGCCGGUUCUGACGGCACUGUGCGUAUAUGGGAUGCCAAUGUAGCUCGUUCACAAAAGGAGGUGAUCGUACAUAAAUCACGAGUCGCUGGGUCCGCUGGCCGGACCAAGAUGACGGCCGUCGCUUGGGGCUCUCCGAAGCAGGGAGGUUCUGAUGUUUUGGUUACUGCGGCUCUUGAUGGUAGCUUGGUGAUGUACAGUGGAAAGGGGCCCUUCACUCGACCCGCGGCCGAGGUGCGAGAUGCUCACACUCGGGAUACCUGGACCAGCGGCCUGGAUAUAAGCUCCGACGGGCGGCUUGUCGUCAGCCGAGGUGGCGAUGAUACGAUCAAGUUAUGGGACACGAGGAAAUUCAAGACUCCUGUCAACACCGUUACACAUACUUCAACAUCUUCUCGCUAUCCUACAACGAACAUUCAGUUCUCCCCGUCGUCGGCAAAUGUGAUCACUGGCUCGGAAACCGGCCACCUGCACAUUCUCAACCCGGCCACUCUGAAGCCUGAACUCGUCACUCCUGUUACGCCUGGCUCCCCACUGAUCACUGUCUUGUGGCAUGAAAAGUUGAACCAGAUUCUGACCGGCUCCGCCAACGCCGAAACGCAUGUUCUCUACAACCCUACCAUGUCGACUAAGGGUGCCGCGCUGGUCAUGUCUCGCGCACCUAAGCGUCGUCACUUCGAUGACAAUGCCACUCUCACAACUGACCUGACCCAAGGUAUUUCUGGAGACUCGGUGGUUGUAGGAUCCAAUGGUGUGCCCCACUAUAGUUCAUCAACCUUCUCUUCCCGUCACCCAACGGUGGGCAUGACAGCCUCUGGACGUUCUCGAGACCCGCGCCGCCCACAUUUACCGGCUGUCACUCCCUUUGCCAAGGGUCAGUCGGACGAGAAAUUCAUCCGAGACUAUAUUCCUCUCAGUUCUAUGCGUGAUGAGGACCCUCGCGAGGCGCUUUUGAAAUAUGCCGAUAAAGCCGAGAAGGAUCCGAUUUUCACCAAGGCAUACAAGGAAACCCAACCUAACGCGAUUUAUGCCGAGCUGAGUGAUGAUGAAGAGGAGGGCCCGGAGAAGAAAAAGGCUCGACAAUGA